GCCCCUAGCCCCGGGAAGCCAGCGCGCCGGCGGGCGACCAGGCUGCCAGCUGCGAUGGAGUCGGGUUCCAACCCGGUUCUUCUACGCGGCCGGGCUCCUGCUCGUCCGCCGGUGACCUACGACGAGGAGCUCUACGACUGCCUCGACUAUUAUUACCUGCGCGACUUCCCGGCCUGCGGGGCCGGGCGCAGCAAGGGCCGAACACGUCGCGAGCAAGAACUGCGCUCCAACCGGCCGGUGCCUGGCGGCCACGAGCGCAAAAUCGCACAGAAGCUCCUCAAUGGCCAGCGCAAGCGUCGUCAGCGCCAGCUGCAGCCCCGGCCUCGCACCGUCCUCUGCUGAGAGCCGGAUACCCGAAGGACCUGAUAAAACUAUUUUCUCUGACGCCAACUGUAACUGUGGUCCUAAGGGGGACAGAAUCCAUGUUGGUCAACAGAAGUUGUCGACAUCGCUUAAGUUUACUACUACAGCGUUUUUUUCCUUUCUAGUUGAGCGCUAAGUAACGUUCAAGUGUGUAUGCCUUUUUAGGGUUUUUAAUUAAAAGCACAGUAAGAACGGCA